CUGCUCUCUUUUCUCUGUAAACAAAAAUGUUUCUCUUUCUUUCUUACAUCCGCUUUCUCGGCUGAGAUGAAAUGGAGAUCCUCUUAAGCCUUUGCUAAACUCACAAAACAAGAGAAAAGAGAGAGAAACGGAGAGAUAUCAGGCAAGGCAAUCAAAUUUGAUUUAUUUUCUCUUUCCUUUGAAAAACCAAAACCCAAACGCCACUUUUUCGGUUUUCUUUCCGGCUAACUUUUCGCUCAUAACUAAAACCCAGAAAAAAAUUAAAUAAAGUUCAUCCAUCUCAUCUUCUUCGUUUUUCCUUCUCUCAUGUCUUCAUCACUAAAUUAUACACAGAGUUGCAUUAAAAGGAAUCUUUCUCUUACCUUGUUUUUUUUCUUCUUGUUUUUGUUCAUGUAAUUGAAGAAGUUGUAUUGGAGGAGAAGAAGAAAGAUCUGGUUUGAAGCUUUUUAUGAGUUAAUUUGGAUUCGAAUCGUUUAUUUUGAAACCGUGAAUGCAGUUUUCUGAAAAAGGAGCCGCCAAGGGAUAUAGCGUGAAGUUAGUAAUGUUAUCAUGAAUGUAAUGGACAAGAGUUGAGACGUGAGGCGUGGAAUGACUAGGUUAUCACGACAACAGGCUAAUACUAACAAGAAACAACAACAAUCUCGACCCAGUAUCUUGUUUGGUAGCGUUGGCGUUGCUGGGGAGUUCGUUUCUUUAACGAAAGCAAAGAAAGAGAAAAUGCGGAGAUUAUGUAGCGUUAAUGGUCAUAGAGAAAGUCCCAGUCCUUGUCCCGAUAGCAAUCCACAUUGUGAAACUGAAAUGGGUAGUUCUUUUUGCUGUGAUUUGUCUUCUGAUAAUACAGAAAAUCAGCGUCCUUCACAUUCACCACAAACUUCUCCCGUCACUAAUUCUGCUACCAAUAUCUUUAAGAUACCCAAAAAGUUCAUUUAUGACUGCAAUGUCGUUAAUCAUGCAUCUGUUCCACGGAAGCUGCGGUCAGCCAUGAAGAAGCGCAGUCAAGAAUCGAUCUCCCCUCCUCCACCAGAAUCUAAGAAAACGAACCAUACGCUUAGUGGAGUUGAAGUCCAUAGAAAGGAUGGUCUAAAGAAACCAAAAUUGAAAUUGAAACAAGGAGAGUUAGACUGGUCCAGGAAGGAGACUGUUUCUGGACCAAUAACAAAAGAUGAGGAAGAAGUUGUGGAGACCCUGUAUGCUUUGGCGGGAAUGUUCCCUGAUAGUGACUCAAUUGAUACGAAUAAAAUGAAUGGUGAACCGAUAGAAGCAAAACCUUCAGCUCCUCCAGAGACCGUCAUAGCAAUUGAAGUUAAAAAAGAAGAUGCAAACACAGUUUCCUAUCCACAAGCAACCGAGUUUGUUCAUCCAUAUUUUUUAGAGGAUUCAACCAGCGAUGCUGCUAAAUGCAAUUCUUUGAAUGAAACUAUAUAUCAAGAUAAGCCUGACUUGCCAGAAAGCAGGAAGCCCCAUUUUGAACCAGAUAGUAGUAGUUCUCAAAUGAGGCCGAGUGGUUCCAUCUCUUUCUUGACUAGGAGUGAACCUGAAACUGAUAAGUCAUCUUGCAUUCCUGGCAACUCUCAUGUUCGAUCUGAACUAACCUUAAAAACUGGGUUGAAGCAGCAACUGGUGACCAAUCUUUUUGAAACAAAGGCAGAAAUGACACUUGGGGUUACUGCUGCAGAAAACCAAAUGGCACAGCAACAUAUUAUCAAGGAACUCGGAAAAGAUAGUCUUGCAUUGUUGCAAAGCUUGGCCCUUGGUUCUUGUACCCCAGGUUCUUCAAAAUCAUCUGCUAAUAAAUUUCCUGCAUGGUUGGACGCUGCAAUGUAUGGCCCCAGAACAUUUUCUUUAGAAAGUGGUUCUUCGAGUGAAAAGGUUCCAAAAGUCACCAUGGAUAGGAAGUCGAUGAAGAGGUGUGCCACUCAUGUAUACAUCAGUUGUCUCAUUCGUAAUUUACAGAUGCACAACAAAGACAGCAUUCUUCAACAGCCUCUUCAGUUAAAACCCCAUACCGGACUCAAGCAAACAGCUCUCUUGUAUCCUAAAGAUGACAAUAACUUGAGAAAUCCUACAAAUGGCAAUCUACCUAGUAGCAGUUCUGGCCAUUCUGCUACCAAUAGAAAUGAUUAUGAAGCUAGAAAUGGUGUUCUACAGCCAAAGAUGGUCUAUCAGGAACAGACACAGGUUGCUUCAGCAUCUGGGAGGAACUCUUCAAAUAAGCAGACUUUUGAUUUCUUGUCUUUGUCGGCUGGGGGCAUUAAUGUGGAAGUUAAUAAUAGCUCUAAUAAAGUUGGAAAUACAAUUGAAUCAUUGUCACAACUGCACGGAAAAGUUCCGUACCUUCAUUCAUUUCAACAACAUUCACCUGUGCCUUUCUCAAUACCUGCAAGUCGUUACACAGACCACCGUACAACAGCUACACAGCAGGUCCAACUGCAGCUACCACAAUAUCCCAGUAACCCUUUUUGUGCCCCUCCUUACAUGAGUCAUUCGGGAGUUACAAAGCAGCAGCAGCAGCGACUUUGGGCAGCUCACCGAGCAGCUCAGUACAAGACUGGAACCUCCACAGUCUUGACCCAAUUUCCAAGCUGGCAAAAUGGAAAGCCCGAGUCCUCUACAUCUAUGCCUUAUACUCAAAAUGCCAAUCCUCCCUUUUCAAGUCUAGAUGCUUUUGGUCCCAAGUAUAAUACAAUCACACAACAUCAGCUGCCGAAAAUUGCUAUUUCUUCAUCUUUGCUGCCAGCCAAAGCGAAAAGGUCAGACCACCAUCUUCCGUCCAUAUACGAAGAAAGCAAUGGUAGAUUACGUGCCAGUGGAAUGCCUUUGCAGUUACUCUGCGAUGAGCGCUUCUAGAGUUUGAAUUAGGUCCUUUCUGCUUACGAUGCACACAGUUAACAUUAUUUUAUUCUUUCAACUGCAACUCGUAGCUAGCCAGUGCUCAUCGUUGACUGAGUCAGGUUUAUCUAUUGACCUACAGAUUCGGGAAUGAAAUAUAAGUAGACACUAAUAUUUACCAAGAAGAUAUUUUAAUGCCCGUUGCCUCGUGAUCACCCCCUUAGGGUGAAAGAUAUAAAAAUGUCUAAUUG